CGCGCCGAGCGCCGCCGCCGGCAUGUUGGACCCGUCGUCCAGCGAGGAGGAGUCGGAGGAGCUGGUGGAGGAGGAGAGCGGCAAGGAGGUGCUGGCCGCGGCCCCCGCCGGCGCUCGCCUCUCGCCCAGCCGCACCAGCGAGAGCUCCGGGCCGGGGGCCGGGCUGCAGCCCGGCGGCCGGGCCGGCGGCGGCGGAGCGGGCGGCGGCAGCGCCCGGCCCUCCAGCCCCAGCCCGUCGGUGGUGAGCGAGAAGGAGAAGGAAGAGCUCGAGCGGCUGCAGAAGGAGGAGGAGGAGAGGAAGCGGCGGCUGCAGCUCUACGUCUUCGUGAUGCGCUGCAUCGCUUACCCCUUCAACGCCAAGCAGCCCACCGACAUGGCCCGCCGGCAGCAGAAGAUAAGCAAGCAGCAGCUCCAGAUAGUCAAGGAUCGAUUCCAAGCAUUUCUCAAUGGAGAAACGCAGAUUGUGGCUGAUGAAGCUUUUAUUAAUGCAGUCCAAAGUUAUUUCGAGGUGUUUCUGAAAAGCGAUCGGGUGGCCCGGAUGGUGCAGAGCGGGGGUUGUUCUGCAAAUGACUCUCGAGAAGUUUUCAAGAAGCACAUUGAGAAGAGGGUGCGCAGCCUGCCUGAGAUCGACGGCCUCAGCAAGGAAACGGUUCUCAGCUCUUGGAUGGCAAAAUUCGACACUAUUUACCGCGGCGAAGAGGAUCCACGCAAACAGCAGGCCAGGAUGACUGCCAGUGCUGCCUCAGAGCUGAUCCUCAGCAAGGAACAGCUGUACGAAAUGUUCCAGAACAUCUUGGGAAUUAAGAAGUUUGAGCAUCAGCUGCUUUACAAUGCGUGUCAGCUGGAUAAUCCAGAUGAGCAAGCUGCACAGAUCAGACGAGAGUUAGACGGACGCCUUCAAAUGGCAGAUCAAAUUGCCAAGGAGCGUAAAUUUCCGAAAUUUGUAUCCAAAGAAAUGGAAAACAUGUUUAUCGAGGAGCUAAAGUCUUCUGUCAAUCUGCUGAUGGCAAACUUGGAAAGCAUGCCAGUGUCCAAAGGCGGCUCUGAGUUCAAGUUACAGAAGCUAAAACGCAGCCACAACACCUCAAUAAUUGACCUGGGAGAAGAAAAUGAAAACCAGCUUUCAAAGUCAGAUGUUGUGCUGUCUUUCUCCUUGGAGGUCGUCAUAAUGGAAGUGCAGGGUCUAAAAUCCUUAGCUCCAAACCGCAUCGUUUAUUGCACUAUGGAAGUAGAAGGUGGAGAGAAACUGCAGACUGACCAAGCAGAAGCUUCGAAACCAACCUGGGGCACUCAAGGUGACUUUACUACAACGCACGCACUUCCCGCAGUGAAGGUGAAGCUGUUUACAGAAAGCACUGGAGUGCUGGCUUUAGAGGACAAAGAACUUGGGCGGGUGGUUCUUCACCCUACUCCGAAUAGCCCGAAACAAUCAGAGUGGCACAAAAUGACUGUUUCCAAAAACUGCCCAGAUCAAGAUCUAAAGAUCAAACUUGCAGUCCGAAUGGAUAAACCUCAAAACAUGAAGCAUUCUGGAUACUUAUGGGCCAUUGGUAAAAACGUUUGGAAGAGAUGGAAGAAACGGUUCUUUGUGCUGGUCCAGGUUAGUCAAUAUACGUUUGCUAUGUGCAGUUACCGGGAGAAAAAGGCUGAGCCUCAAGAACUACUGCAACUUGAUGGAUACACAGUGGACUACACUGACCCACAGCCAGGUUUGGAGGGUGGAAGAACAUUUUUCAAUGCAGUGAAAGAAGGAGACACAGUGAUUUUCGCAAGCGAUGAUGAACAGGACCGUAUCCUGUGGGUUCAAGCCAUGUACCGGGCCACCGGCCAGUCCCACAAACCUGUGCCACCAACCCAAGUUCAAAAGCUUAAUGCUAAGGGAGGAAAUGUUCCCCAGCUAGAUGCCCCAAUCUCUCAAUUUUAUGCAGAUAGAGCUCAAAAGCAUGGCAUGGAUGAAUUUAUCUCUUCCAACCCCUGUAACUUUGACCACGCUUCACUCUUUGAGAUGGUUCAGCGCCUCACUUUGGACCACAGACUUAAUGAUUCAUAUUCUUGUCUGGGCUGGUUCAGUCCUGGCCAGGUAUUUGUGCUAGAUGAGUAUUGUGCACGUAAUGGAGUCAGAGGCUGUCACAGACAUCUCUGCUACCUCAAAGAUUUACUAGAACGAGCAGAAAACGGAGCUAUGAUUGACCCCACCUUGCUUCACUACAGCUUUGCCUUUUGUGCAUCACAUGUUCAUGGCAACAGGCCUGAUGGAAUAGGAACUGUAACUGUAGAAGAGAAAGAACGUUUUGAAGAAAUCAAGGAGCGGCUCCGCUUGCUUCUGGAGAAUCAGAUCACCCAUUUUAGGUAUUGCUUUCCAUUUGGCCGACCCGAAGGUGCGUUGAAAGCUACUCUAUCCCUGCUGGAAAGGGUUCUGAUGAAAGACAUAGUUACUCCUGUCCCUCAAGAGGAGGUAAAAACAGUCAUCCGUAAAUGCUUGGAGCAAGCUGCUUUAGUCAACUAUACUAGACUAUCAGAGUAUGCCAAAAUUGAAGGGAAAAAGAGAGAAAUGUAUGAGCAUCCUGUCUUCUGCUUGGCCUCUCAAGUGAUGGAUUUAACCAUUCAGAAUCAAAAGGAUGCAGAAAAUGUAGGCCGGUUAGUCACUCCUGCCAAAAAGCUAGAAGAUACAAUACGUCUGGCAGAACUGGUCAUUGAAGUUCUACAGCAGAAUGAAGAACACCAUGCAGAGGCCUUUGCGUGGUGGUCAGACUUAAUGGUUGAACAUGCAGAAACCUUCCUGUCAUUGUUUGCGGUGGAUAUGGAUGCUGCAUUAGAGGUGCAACCCCCAGACACGUGGGACAGCUUUCCACUAUUUCAGCUCCUAAAUGAUUUCCUCCGUGCUGACUAUAAUUUGUGCAAUGGAAAAUUCCACAAACACCUUCAAGACCUGUUUGCUCCACUUGUUGUUAGAUAUGUCGAUCUGAUGGAGUCCUCAAUUGCACAAUCAAUUCACAGGGGCUUUGAGCGGGAAUCAUGGGAGCCAGUAAAGAGUUUAACAAGUAAUCUGCCCAAUGUGAAUCUGCCAAAUGUGAAUCUCCCUAAAGUACCAAAUCUACCAGUUAACAUCCCACUAGGCAUCCCACAAAUGCCUAGCUUUUCUGCACCGUCAUGGAUGGCUGCUAUAUAUGAUUCUGACAAUGGAUCAGGAACCUCUGAAGAUCUGUUUUGGAAACUUGAUGCCCUACAGACUUUCAUUCGGGAUUUACACUGGCCUGAGGAAGAAUUUGGAAAGCACCUAGAACAACGUCUAAAACUUAUGGCAAGUGACAUGAUCGAGUCUUGUGUUAAGAGAACCAGGAUUGCAUUUGAAAUAAAGCUGCAAAAAACCAGUCGAUCAACAGAUUUCCGAGUCCCUCAGUCAAUAUGCACCAUGUUUAAUGUUAUGGUUGAUGCCAAAGCUCAAUCAACAAAACUUUGCAGUAUGGAAAUGGGCCAAGAGCACCAGUACCAUUCAAAAAUAGAUGAACUAAUUGAGGAAACCGUCAAAGAAAUGAUAACACUCUUAGUGGCAAAGUUUGUCACCAUUCUGGAAGGAGUCCUGGCCAAACUGUCCAGAUACGAUGAAGGGACAUUGUUUUCUUCUUUUUUGUCAUUUACUGUGAAGGCAGCUUCCAAAUACGUCGAUGUACCUAAGCCGGGGAUGGAUGUUGCUGAUGCCUAUGUGACAUUUGUUCGCCACUCUCAGGAUGUCUUGCGUGAUAAGGUCAAUGAGGAGAUGUAUAUAGAAAGGUUAUUUGAUCAAUGGUACACCAGCUCAAUGAAUGUCAUUUGCACCUGGUUGACAGACCGCAUGGACCUGCAGCUUCACAUUUACCAACUGAAAACUCUUAUUAGGAUGGUAAAGAAAACCUAUAGAGAUUUCCGAUUGCAAGGAGUGCUGGACUCCACCCUAAACAGCAAAACCUAUGACACCGUGCGAAACCGGCUGACUGUAGAAGAAGCCACAGCGUCAGUUAGUGAAGGCGGAGGUCUUCAGGGAAUCACAAUGAAGGACAGUGAUGAAGAAGAUGAAGAGGAUGAUUAGAUAAUUCUGGUCUAGAGCCCCACGUGGUGGUGGCUUCUUCGCCAGUGCAUGUACCUAGUCUGUUGUUCAGUUAGCCACAUUAGGAAUUUUUCUGUCAGCUCUAAAUACCCAUGAGAAGUUUACCAAUACAAUUGCCAUUUAGCUGUGUGGUAAUAAGAUUAGCACCUCUGUUUGAUUCAUUGGUUUCCUAAUUUCAUAUCUCUAUGUUCAUAAGCAAUAUGGAGCACCAUUGUUUAAUACUGUUAAUGGAAAGCUACAUAGAAUACAUGCUAGGUGUGUCCCUGUUAUAAUUAAAGUUUAAACAAUGCUUCAUUAAUGUACUGUAUAUACAUUGAUGCUAAAUUGUUGUGAAGAUGAGUGAAUCAAGUACUUUCAUUUCUUUGUUUCUCUUCUGUGGAUGCCAACUGCUUAAAAUUAAUAAAAACAGCUUUGUUUUUAAAAGAAAAGUGAGGCUGUUACAAAUGAUUUUUUUUGUUCUCUGUUCAUUUUUUUUUAAAUCCAGCUGUUUGAAUCAUUCUGCAUCCCAGUUAAUAAACUAUACGCUUCUCCUUAAAGAUACAAUUAACUCCAUACAGGGUAUGUACCAAUGGAUUAGUAAUUCUGAUUGCCACAACAGGCAAAUCCUAGCAUAGUGGAUACAUUCAUGCCAUGGUACAGUCCAAAGCAGUUGUUUUAUGUCAACGUUUGCCCCUCUAAAUGUUACGUCUUGUUUGUUUCAAGUAUCUGUGUAUGUAAAAAGGCGACUUUAUUUACAAUCCUAGAUUACAAAGAAGUGUUUAUAAUAAUAUAGGAACAUUUAUUCCAGUAGACUGUUACCAUAACUUAAAUUCCUUUGUUUCACAAUGUUUUUUUAUAUAUGUCAUGUACAUUGCAUUUUGACCAGUAACUGCAUGUCCCCGAUUCCCCCCUCCAGAAGCUGUGUAAAAUAGUGGAUCCAUUUUGCUUUGGCCUUUUACGAGCCGACAGUUGUAAACGUGUGGGAACUGUGGCUUUUCAAUAAAUGACUAUUCAGAUGUCCUGAGAAUAAACUACGGAGUCUCUUUAUGUCUGCCUUAGAAAAAAAUGACAAGCUAAGAUGUAAGAGUCCCUCCUCCCCUGUCCCCUUCCAGAAUAAGCAAGGGCUUGGGGGAAGGGGGGUCCAUGUGGGUAUUUCUCCAGUUUAUUAACUAGAUUGUUUUUUACUUCACUCACAAAGAUCAAGGUGAGGAAGGUGUUACUAAGGACAUGUUCCAGACCAGGACCAUCUUCUCCACCUAACAAGAGUGGAAAUUCACAAAGGUAUUUAGGUGCCCAAGUCCCAUUGAUUUCAAUUGGAGUUGGGGCAGAAACACUUUUAUGAUUCUCAUCCUCGGAGUUCCCAGCAUUGCCUUGGCAAUUAGUCCUGCGUUUACCUGCACACUCCACCGUGUGAUCCAUUGUACAGGGGCUGGCAGAUGGUUUGUUCUUGGAAGUGGUUGCAAGUUGUUCCUAUUGUGACACGGUAAUUGGCCUUUCCUGACACUUACCAAAGCCCUCCUGUUGUAUUUGAACCUUCCCUCACAGUGCUAAAAACAUCUGGUAGGAAUUAAAAGUGCAUGUUGCACGAUCAAACUCUUAAUUGAAGUUAAAACAGGAUGCCCUGAUGGAAAGCUCGUUAGACUCAAAGUUUAGUAGU